AUGCCCGUUCGUUUUAACGUUCUAGCAGGUUGCGAAAGUGGCAUUGUAAAAGGUAUUGAUACAAGUAACAAAGGUAUCUAUGUAAUUCAUAAACCAGCUGAAACUUAUGCUGAUGCUAUUACUCUUCUCGAAUGGUCGUUAGAUAAUAAUGAGAUAGAUUAUAUGCAGGCAUAUAUUGCAACAAAGAAAAAUAAUAUUUUACGUUUAAAAUUUGCUGAUGAAUCUAUACAACAGAUUGGUACAGUUGCACGUGAAAGUCCAUUGAAAGGCUUAGCAUAUCUAGGUGAAGAUAGAUUUGUUACAUGCUCUGAAAAUGGUGCUUUAUCGAUUGAUUAUAUUAAAAAUGAAUCUCUUGUAUCUGAAAUUGAAGCAAAUGCUGGUCCUGAUAUCUGUCGAUUACGUAUCAAUCCUUUCAAUCGAACAUUUUUCGGUACGGGUGGUAAAGAAAAUGAUUUAAAAAUCUGGUCAAUCGAAGAAUUAGUGAAGAAUGAAAAAACUAAAAAUAAAUCAAUUAUUUUCCAAGCAAAAAAUAUUCGACCAAAUACUGUACGACUUCGUAUGCCAGUUUGGGUAACAGAUUUUCAAUUUCUUGAUGAAAGAAAUCGAUGUCUUGUUGUCACCGGACAUCAUCAAAUUCGUCUUUAUGAUCCACAAGCAAGUGCACGUCGACCAGUUCAAGAAAUUGACUUUGAACAAUGUCCAAUAAUGUCUCUUGCAUUACUUCAUUCUUCUAAUAAUGAACGUUUUCUUGUUGGUAAUACUCAAGGUGAAAUGGCUCAAUUUGAUAUUAAACAUUUAUCAUCAAUAGUACAUAAAUAUCGAGGUGUUAUUGGUAGUAUACGUUCGAUUGAUACACAUCCAACAUUACCAUUAAUUGCGUCGGCUUCGAUCGAUCAAUAUGUUCGUAUUCAUGAUGCAGAUACACAUCGACAAGUUUCAAAAUUCUAUUUAAAAUCUCGUCUUACAUCUGUGCUAUUUUCAUCACAUUCAAUAACAAAUCGAGAAGAAGAACAAGAGAAAAAUGGUGAAACAGAAACGAAAGAAAUUGAAAAUGAUGAAGUAUGGUCACAAUUUAAAAGAAAAUCAACUAAAGAAUCAUCAGAUAGAUCAUCAUUUAAAUUAAAUUCCAAGAAAAAAAGAAAAUCUGCCAGUUUUGAGUGA